AUGCAGAACAUUACAGCAUCGCUAUCCCAGUACAUUGACACUGACAAGAUAACAUCUAUUGUCAACAAAGUCAAGAAUGCGGUCUACAAUUAUACUGAGUGGGAGAUUAAAGUCAGGGAUGCAACUGGUCCUGAAGCAUGGGGAGCAAGCUCAACACUUAUGCUCGAAAUCGCUGCUGGGACAUUCAACUAUGUCCACAUGAACGAAAUCAUGGACACAUUAUACAAGAGACUGGCUGAUAAGACUGUUACAUGGCGUCAGAUUUAUAAGUCGUUGCAAUUGUUGGAAUACUUGGUCAAGAAUGGCUCUGAACGGGUUGUUGAUGUUGCUCGUGAACAUGCGUACGAUGUCAGGGCGCUAAAGAGCUUUGUGUUUGUGGAUGAGAAGGGGAAGGAUCAAGGGAUUAAUGUGAGGAAUCGAGCAAAAGAGAUUGUGGACUUUUUGGCAGAUACGAAUAAAAUCAAGGAGGAGAGGAAGAAGGCUAAAAUCAAUCGAAACAAGUAUACGGGUGUCGCAUCAGACGGUACUCGAUCAUCAUCAGAUUCUCAUGGAUACACUGGUUUUGGAAGAGAUAGUCCUGCUCGAAGUGCUACACCAGGAGGUUUCCAAGACGAUCCUGAAGAUGGAACCGCAUCAACAUCAACUGCCGAAACAACAACAACAACAACAACAACAAUAUCGUCAACAUCAGUUUCUGCACCAGCUGUUAGUGUGGUAUCUGCUACCGCCACUAGUGCGUCCAAGUCAAGCAGUAAUGGAUUAAUAACACCAUCACAACCAAAAGUCGCAAACUUGCUGGAUUUUGAUAUAUCAUUAUCCGAACCUGUAGAAAAGCACUCAACACCACAAGCAACAAAUGAUUGGAGUGAUUUUGCAACAUCUGCAAAUAAAACAGCAGUUGCAGCAGCGCCACAAGCAGCAAGUGGAACUUUAUUGACUGAUGAUUUUCAUUUUGCCGAUUUCACAUCAUCAGGAGUGGCAACGAAACCAGUACAGCAAGCUGGAUUUGCUGCCUUCCCUGUUGUAAAUAAUACACCACAUCAACAGCAACAACCAACAUUUGCGGCAUUUGGAAGCAGUAUCGCAUCUUCAACACCACCACAAACACAACAACAACCAGUAUUCGCCAAUUUCGCAUCAUUUAGCACGUCAUCAACACCAGUACCAUCAUAUAGCACUCAACCUACACCGUCAACUGGAUUUGCUGCCUUCAGUAAUAAUAGUAGUAAUCCUCCAUUGAUACCCAUGCAAACUGGAACAUCAACGCCUACCAAAACACCAGGAAGUGAUAUUUUUGGAAGUCUCGUAUCACUAGAUCCUAUGGCGUUGAAUAAUAAUAGCGCUGGUGGUAGUAGUACGGUUGGACUGAAGAAUGAGUUGAGUUUGAAUGCGCUAAAGAGUGGGACUCCGAAGACUGUCGUUGGGAUUCCGCAGACUGGUGGAAGUUAUGGACAACCUGACUUGUUAUGGGGAUCUUCAGCACCAUCAGCUACUCCAAAUAGGCAGACUGAUACUCUGAUUUGA